AAAUUUGAUUGUGAAGCACGGCGUCGUUUUUCGCUUAGGGACAGACCUUCAAGGCUUCAAGCUACAACUCCUAAACCCUAAUCGCAGCUCAAACAGAGUAGACGACGGCAGCUGGCUACGGGCUUGGCGUUGCGAGUUGAUAAAGAUGCAGAUCUUCGUUAAAACCCUUACGGGGAAGACCAUAACUCUCGAGGUCGAAUCGAGCGACACCAUAGACAAUGUUAAGGCCAAGAUUCAAGACAAAGAAGGUAUUCCCCCGGACCAGCAGCGCUUGAUCUUUGCCGGGAAGCAGCUCGAAGAUGGGCGUACGCUUGCGGAUUACAAUAUCCAAAAGGAGUCGACUUUGCAUCUGGUUCUAAGGCUUCGCGGUGGGAUCAUCGAACCAUCUCUUAUGGCUUUAGCCCGCAAAUAUAACCAGGACAAGAUGAUUUGCCGCAAAUGCUAUGCCCGUUUACACCCCCGUGCAGUCAACUGCAGGAAGAAGAAGUGUGGCCAUAGCAAUCAGUUGAGGCCAAAGAAGAAGAUCAAGUAAAGUGGUGGCUGGCUUGUUUGUCUCAAUUGCUUGGUUACAAGACAGUGUUUAAGAUAUUGAUUGUAUCAUUGUAAGACAUUCGUUGCAAUUUUGAGUUUGACAAUGUUGAGUUUUUUGAAAUACAAAAUUUGCAAAGAUCUUAGCCUUUUUCCUGCUUACUAGUCUCUUUUUUUU